AGAGACAGCUCAACUACAGUACAGGAUAUGUAUCUGAGAACUUUAGCAAAAACAUAUUUUCUUUUUUGCCUUCCGGAAUGGAAUACAAGAACUUUCUCCUGAGCUUCCUUCUUUGCUCCAUGUUGCUUACAGCCAGCUAUUGUUACAUGAUAUUUGAGGAAAAGCAAAACUCGGACAACUAUGCAAUAAAUAAUAACAAAAUCAAGAUCCCGGAUCUCCCUCCCAUCUCUAUAGUAGAUUUAACCAAAACUUCCUUGAAGCUAAGCAGGAAAGAAGCUGAGAAAAAAAAAUCUAUGAAGAGAAUGGGGCAACAAAAAAAGCCUUCUAGACCCAAACCGUCUCCCCCUCCAAACUGUGUUGCUACUUGGGCAAGCUGCAAGCCACCAUCUCAUCCCUGCUGUGAUUUCUGUGCCUUCUGCCACUGCCGACUUUUUCAGACAGUCUGCUACUGUCGUAUGGGAAAUCCACACUGCUAAAUCAAAGUCAAGAGUGCUCUCAGUAACUCAGUAUAUCUUCCAGCAUGAUUGUCUUGUAUCAAUUUUCAAAAGAGGCCAAGAGCCUUGUUUUCUUCCAAGCGUCACAUUCAUUGUGGGAUCUGUCUCAAAGAGUAAUGCUACCAGAAACAAGCUAGUCCCUGCCAUGGUAAUUAUGGUAGAGAAGGGGUGAAAUGAGAUAAAGACUGACCACUUGAAAAGUGAAGGGACGGUGAGAGAAUGAAAGUUACACAUUAAAAAUACAUUACAGGUAACAUAUUUCCCUGAAAAUAAGAUAUGGUCUUAUAUUUUUUUGGCACCAAAAAACACAUUAGGGCUUAUUUUCAGGGAAAUAUAGUAUCAGGGGGAUCAGCCCGGCUGGGCACCCCACCCUCCAAUGUACGCAUAAGAGGUGGUAAGCAUGCAGGGACCGACAAUGUCCAGUAGCAGCUACAGCCCGCCGGCCCCUUGGUGCAGUGCAGGUAAGUCCAAGUGCAGAGGCAGAUGUGGGGGGGAGGCAGGUGAUCUGAACAUGGCCCUCCCAGUGCCUCUCUUCUGCCUGCUGCCGGUGCAGCCACCUGGCUCACAGGGGGCUCACAUGGCAGCACUGGAGCAGGCAGAAGCACGGCUGCGCUGAGGCAGGCAAUCUUAAUGCGCCACCCACUCUGACCCACUGUCUUUCGGCUUCCCCGAAGCCACAUCAGGGCAGGUGAUCCCAAUGCACCGUGAGACCACCUGUCCCAAUAAGGCCACAGGCAAGCUGAGAGAUGGUGUGAUGGAGUGAGUGGUGCAUCGGGAUUACCUAGCUCCCCCUCCCCCCCCUGUGCUCGGACUUACCUGCACUGCGCGGGCUGCUGCCAGACAUCUUUGACCCAGUGUGUUCACCUCCUCCUUUGCUGGCCACGCCCAUCUAUCCCUGGGUUAUUUUGGGGAUAGCUAGGGCUUAUUUUCUG